ACUGGCAGUGUCGUGAAUCUUGUUUGGGUAUUUGCUAAGUGAAAUGAUUUUAUUUUAAGAUUUACAACUGAACACAAACUUAUUAAUAGUUUUCUUCGGACAUUGAGCUCAACAUGUAAAUCAGUAGGAAAAUCUGUUUCGGGCGGUUGCAAGUGUCUUGCUGUUCUAGUUAAUUGAAAAUUAAAAAUUCGUUUUGUUAAAAAUUAUUCUAUUAUGGAUGAUUUAAUUGAUAUAUUUGCGUACCGUAUUGGGGCAGACAAAAGUUUUGCCGAUAAAUUUAAAAUUUGUGCAACGAACAGCGAUCGUGUUAAACUUGUGAAAAGUAAAUUGAAGGAAUAUUCGAUAUCAAUAGUGGGUAAAACGGCGUCUGGUAUUCCCUCAACGAAUAAGCAUGACGGGAAAUCAUUAGAGUUCCGUCAGAGUGGACAUAAAUGGUAUUCGCAAGACGGAAGGCAUUUUGAUGCUUUGGAAAAUUACAACGAAAGUCUGUGCUUCGCCGAGGAAAAUUCAGAAAACCUUGGCUUAAGUUAUGCCAGCCGCGCAGCCGUCUAUUAUGAUUGGAAAUUAAACCAGUUGUGUCAUGAAAACAUUCAAUUGGCAAAAAAAUCUGGUUAUCCUGACCGUUUAAAAAAUGAACUAGUGACGCUGCAGACCAAAUGCAAGAAGAAACUGAAACGGUCGAAAAAGAAUUUGAAAAAUAGUCCGAUAUUUGAACCUACACUUAGUUUCAAACCCCAUGACCAUGUACCGUUCAUCGCAGAUUGUUUGGACAUUCGAAGAAAUAAGAAGUACGGCAGAUACAUCAUAACAAAUCGAAAUCUAUCUACCGGUCAAAUUUUAGCAAUUGAAGAUCGUUACUUUUCAGUUCUUCUGCCAAAAUUGCGAUACCAAAGGUGUGCCAAUUGCUUAACAGAAAACUGUUUGAGUUUGAUUCCUUGCCGAAAUUGUACCGGCGCAAUGUUUUGCAGCCAAUACUGCUACGACGAAGCGAACCAAUCGUUUCAUCAAUUCGAAUGUCCUAUUAUUGAUUUCCUUCAUGAAACAUGCAAUCGCACUCAAUUAAUAGCAUUACGAGCUGCUAUCUAUGCUAUCACCAGUUACGAUUCAUUAGAUGAGUUGAAGAAAGAUAUGUCAAACAUUGAUAACAUUGAGGUCACUGCAUUUUCUUGUGAAUAUCCAACCACGUCUAAAAAGGAGCAAUUUUUGAAGAUUCUCUCAUUCCCUACAAAGCAAGCAGAACGAUCCACAGAAGAUCUAUUCGGUGUGGCUGCAGUUGCAUCAGCAUUAUACGAUCAAUUAAUGGAUCGAACGAAUUUAAAGCCAUUGCUACCUAACGAGGAGGAUCAGAAUCUACUAAUGGAACUUCUAUUCAGAUUCCUACAGAUAGCACGAAUGUAUUUUCACUCGCUUUCACUGUCCAAUCGUCAAUAUAGGAGUCCACAGGGAGGUGUAAUCGGUUCGGCAGCAUUUCCGUUUUGCAGCCUUAUCAACCACUCAUGCUCACCAAAUAUUGUUCGAAUACCAUUUGGGAACAAGAUGGUUGUGUUUGUGUUGAGGAACAUAAAAAAGGGAGAGCAGCUUUUCGAUAAUUAUGGAUCGCAUCACUUCAUAGACACCUUAAGUUAUCGCCAAGAAGAAAUGCAAUUGAACUAUUUGUUCGCAUGUGACUGUAACGCUUGUACAAAUAAUUUCCCGUCGCAUAAAAAUCUUCCAAACGGAAACAUCGAAAAUGGAGUGACUGAUAUGGACACGGAUAAAUUGAUGAGUGGUGAUGCUGUCUAUGCUGCACAGCGGUGGAAACGUUUUUGCGAAUAUUUGUCCAAGUAUGAUAGUAAAUAUCCAUGCACUCAGUUGAAUAUUGCUCAAAGUCAUUUGAGGGAGGCUCUACAUAUAAUGGCCGAUAAUAUUUCGAUUAGUUUAAAAUACUGAUUGUUUAACUUUGAUUCGAGAGGAAAUAAAUGUAAAUUUAAAAAAGAAAAAUGAAGAGUCCGACCGCUUUUUCG